UCCCUCCUCCCCCCCACCACUAUCACCCUCCAGCAGCUGCUGUUUCUCUAUAACAAUAUGGCAGCCAACGUUCCUCCCUCCGCUGAGACCCUUCUCAGUGGUGCCGCCGCCCACCCUCCCAAGACCGCUGAAGAAAUCGCCAACCAAUAUGACCUCCUCCCCAAGUUGAUCCCCUAUCUCGAUCGCCACUUGGUUUUCCCUCUUCUCGAAUUCAGCUCCGGUGGCCAGGAUGACGACCGGGAAACCAUCCGUGCCAAGUAUGAAUUGCUCAAGCACACCAACAUGACCGACUACGUCGCCAACCUCUGGAAGGAAAUCAACGACUCCGACUCCAUCCCCGAAGAGUUCAUCAAGAAGCGUGAGGAGGUCCUCGCCAAGUUGCAACACUACCAGGACCAGAGCGCCAAGAUCACCGAGCUCCUGCAGGAUGAGAGCGUCGUGGGCAACCUGCGCAGCGACAAGGUCGCCAACUUGAAGUUCCUCGAGGAGCAGCACGGCGUCACGAUCGAGAUGGUCAACAGCCUCUACGACUAUGGUCGCUUCCAGUACAGCUGCGGUAGCUACGGCAAUGCUGCCGAGCUCCUCUACCAGUUCCGUGUCCUGUCCACCGACAACGACAAGGUUGCCUCCGCCACCUGGGGUAAGCUCGCCUCGGAGAUUCUGACCACCAGCUGGGAGGGUGCGAUGGAGGAGGUUCUGAAGGUCAAGGAUUCCAUUGAGACUCGUCUCUUCAACAACCCCCUGGGACAACUGCAGAACCGCUCCUGGUUGAUCACCUGGUCUCUGUUCCCUUUCUUCAACUACGACCCCGCCCGCGAUGUCUUGACCGACCUCUUCUUCUCCCCCGCCUACAUCAACACCAUCCAGACCAGCUGCCCCUGGAUCCUGCGGUACCUCGCUGCCGCCGUCAUCACCAACCGCAACCGCGCCCACAAGAGCAACAGCGUCUACCAGAAGCAAUUGAAGGAUCUGAUCCGGGUCGUUCGCCAGGAGGGUUACGAAUACUCCGACCCCAUCACCGACUUCGUCAAGGCGCUGUAUGUUGAUUUCGACUUCGAGGAGGCCCAGAAGAAGCUGGGUGAGGCCGAGGAUGUGUUGCGGAGCGACUUCUUCCUCGUCUCUGCUGCCGAUGCUUUCGUCGAGGCCGCCCGUCACCUCAUCUCCGAGAGCUACUGCAAGAUCCACCAGCGCAUUGAUAUCAAGGACCUGUCUACCCGUUUGGGUCUCAACCAGGACGAUGGUGAGAAGUGGAUCGUCAACCUGAUCCGCGACACCAGAGUCGAUGCCAAGAUCGACUACAAGGAGGGCACUGUGAUCAUGAACCACCCCCCUCAGUCGGUGUACCAGCAGGUUAUUGAGAAGACCAAGGGUGCCUUCUUCCGGACACAAGUUCUGAGCGCGGCCGUUGCGAAAUAAAUGACAACCCUUCUUUGAAGUUUUCUCUGAAACAAGAA